GUAAUUUUGUUUACAAUGCAUUCAUGUAUGUUUCGAACGGCUUUGUCGCAAAAUUAUCGCACCGCCUUUAGUCAUGCGGUACCAGUGAAAAAUUCCAAACUUUCGGUAACGCCACUGCACAUUUUCUCCGAGUCUAGUGCAUUACUCUGUACAAGGAAAUGUCUCGAGUUUGACUGGUGUAACUCCUUCAACUAUAAGCGGUACAUCGCGUGCGAGUUGCUGGAUACAUAUUUGUGCGACGGAGUUGCGGCGCUGACGUCAGCAGUUGGCUACAGAUACUAUGACGUCGAGUUUAACGAGACAUCUGAGAACAUAGAGGAUUACAUAAAUCGAAAACGAUGUGUACAAAGUGGCAAGUGCUCACCGAAGUGUGGUUGUGAGUGGACAAACCAGUUCAUUGUAAUUCCUGGCAUGUACAUCGCUGGCUUCACAGACAAAGUGAUGUCGUCUGUAACUAUGGAGCAAUGCCAGAACGCAUGCGCGAGUGAAGACCAAUUCCAGUGCAAAUCCAUCGACUACAAUAACGGCUCCUCCGCCUGCUACCUGUCCACCGUCAACAAAGAUGACCAACCUCAGGAAUUCAAGGAUUCCGGGACGUACAUCUACAGUGAACGUAUUUGUCAGUAACGAACGCACCUGCAGACGUACAUCUACAGUGAACGUAUUUGUCAGUAACGAAUGCACCUGCAGACGUACAUCAACAGUGAACGUAUUUGUCAGUAACGAACGCACCUGCAGAUGUACAUCUACAGUGAACGUAUUUGUCAGUAACGAAUGCACCUGCAGACGUACAUCAACAGUGAACGUAUUUGUCAGUAACGAACGCACCUGCAGAUGUACAUCUACAGUGAAUGUAUUUGUCAGUAACGAACGCACCUGCAGACGUACAUCAACAGUGAACGUAUUUGUCAGUAACGAAUGCACCUGCAGACGUACAUCAACAGUGAACGUAUUUGUCAGUAACGAACGCACCUGCAGAUGUACAUCUACAGUGAACGUAUUUGUCAGUAACGAAUGCACCUGCAGACGUACAUCAACAGUGAACGUAUUUGUCAGUAGUAACGAACGCACCUGCAGAUGUACAUCUACAGUGAAUGUAUUUGUCAGUAACGAACGCACCUGCAGACGUACAUCAACAGUGGACGUAUUUGUCAGUAACGAACGCACCUGCAGACGUACAUCAACAGUGAACGUAUUUGUCAGUAACGAACGCACCUGCAGAUGUACAUCUACAGUGACCGUAUUUAUCAGUAACGAACGCACUUGCAGACGUACAUCUACACUGAACGUAUUUGUCAGUAACGAACGCACCUGCAGACGUACAUCAACAGUGAACGUAUUUGUCAGUAACGAACGCACCUGCAGACGUACAUCUACAGUGAACAUAUGUGUCAGUAGUAACGAACGCACCUGAAUGAGGACUAUGUACGAUCUAAGGUCUGUCAUAGCCUUAAGGCUGUGGGAAGACAUUAAUUUAAAGUAGAAAUAGUA